AUGGGACAUUGUGAGGAGACCUCUCAGCAAGAAGUCGGUCUGCCCCAUGCCAAAUGGGUGGAUGCUAAAGGGCUAAACCUAGCUUGGACCGAUGUCUCAGGAACUGAAAGAAUGAAUGACGAUGGUACAGUGGAGAUUAAGGUGGAGACGGUGGAUUACAGAUCACCGGCCGGAGAUGACGAAGUACCUAAGAAAGAGAAUGUGGAGGUGACCCAUCUAAUCCGCACAGACGACGGUGAUAAUCGGAGCACCGGAAAGGUCAUGGCUGAUGCAGAUGCGGCGGUGACUAGUAAUCUUCAGUCUGCAAAAGAAGCCAUUUCCGGCGAAAGCAGCGACGAGAAGAACACAACUUGA